AUGCGAAGAGUCAAACGAACGGAACUUUUCGUUUUAUUCCCUACAGCAAAGUACAUCUACCAUCCAUUCAUCGCCCACCUCGCGUUCACCGAAGAAAUCCUUAAUAACCUGUGCCUUUAUUCUCCUUGCAUUAGCGGUGGAUACCUAUUAAACCAUGUACAGAAAGUCCGGCAAUUUGAUGCCGACACGAGCAGACUCUAUGCCGCCGAGAUCGUUUGCGGCUUGGAGUACCUGCAUUCUCUGGAUGUGUGCUGUUGGCUCAAAGCGGGAAACAUUAUGCUUGACUCGUUGGGUCACAUCACACCAUGUGGCUUUGGACUCUUUCGACAACGUGACGGCAUGCAUACAGACUGGAAAAGGCCAGAGUAUCCUGCACUAGAGGUACUCACAGAUGACAAGUACAGCAAGGCCGCUGAUUGGUGGACGCUCGGUGUAGUCCUAUAUGAGAUGCUGACGGGCUUGCCGCCGUUCUAUAGUAACGUGUUGGGAAACAUCCGCGACAACAUCAUUUCAAAGCCGCUGCACCUUCCCAGGUCAAUGCACGCAAACGCCAAGAACAUUAUAUCUCGUCUACUUGAUCGGAAUCCUGAUCAACGAUUGGGUGCCAAUAUCAACGGAGCGUCUGAGGUGAGACAGCAUGCCUUUUUCAAGAAUCUCGAUUGGCAGGAGGUAAUCGAGCGAAAGACGGAACCCUCGUUCGGACCUGGCCAUCAUGCGGGAGCUUUUGAAUCUUAUGGCGUCGAUUAUCCCCACACU